UGACCAUCGGUCAUCGGAAUACCAAAGGAAGGUGUUUUCGAUUGCCUUUAUCAAUGAGCAGCGCGAUAGCUCGGCGAAACCAGGGCUGCACUCGUACUUAGAAAAUGUCUGUAACGCUGCACACCGACGUGGGUGAUCUUAAAAUAGAGCUUUUCUGCGAUGCCUGUCCUAAGGCAUGUGAAAACUUUCUUGCCCUAUGCGCCAGCGAUUAUUACAGCGGCUGUGUAUUCAUCCGGAACAUAAAAGGCUUUAUUGUCCAGACUGGGGAUCCUACGAAUACGGGGAAGAAUGGACAGUCUAUUUGGGGCCAGAAGUUCGACGACGAGUUCAAGGAAACAGUUAAGCACACUGAUCGAGGAAUGGUCUCCAUGGCUAACAACGGUCCCAACGCGAAUGCCAGCCAAUUCUUCAUCACGUACGCCGCUCAGCCAAAUCUGGACCUGAAGUACACGCUUUUUGGACGCGUUAUUGAUGGCUUUGAUGCACUAGACGAGCUAGAAAAGUUGCCCGUCAAUCCCAAGAACUACCGACCCCAUGUGGACAAGAAGAUCAACGGAGUGACCAUACAUGCCAAUCCUCUGGCGACGUGAUAGAGAAUACAGAUUCCAAAUCGUACGCUUAAAGAGAAAUAUAUUUAUAGCACUUAAGCUUACACGAUUUCUUCGAUUACAAACUAAUUGAUUGAGAAACAUCAAAUAUUGUGCAAAAGUACCUAACGACUAAAUCUUAAAAUCAGCCAAGUCACAAUUGUUUAUAAAAAAUUGCAUUGUUUAUGUAUAACUCUCUCAAA